CAGGGGGAGGAGUUCUCUCCGUUUCCGAUGACAUGGUCUCCACAGCAACAUUCCUCCCGCAACUGGACUGCACACAACCGCUCCGCCACCGUCCAGCCACCGCCGCUUCAGGCCCGUGGUGCUCCAAAGCCACCCCGAAGAGCUGAAAUGUCUGAUUUGAAUGAUUUGUUAGGUGAAGCAGAGAAUAACCCCCCUAAGCACGCUUUGGGCUAAAAAAAAAAUGGACAACUCCUUUGUGGAAGAAGUGGCUGCAUCACUGGUGAGGGAAUUUCUCAGUAGAAAGGGUUUGAAGAAAACCAUCACUACCAUGGACCGAGAGCACCCACGUUCUGCACAUAGCAUCAAUAACAGGAAUGAACUUCGAAAUGUCCUACAUCUGCACUCCUUGUACAAACAGAACAAGGCAAAGGAGAACCCACUGAAAACACUCCUUGAAAUUAUUACUAAUUACUUCCUUGAGCACCGUGGGACUUCCAGAAACAUCAGUUCAAGUUCUGCUCUGUCAGCUCCUCAAAGUAAGAGCUCAACAUCUCGCCCACCCGACUUGGAUGAAGAUCAUGUCCGUGGGAGUUCCAUUGUGCCUAACGAGAGCGAAACUCAAGUUUACAGAUAUGAUGUUGAGAAUCCACCAGAUAAAAUCCUUCCAUCCAGAAAACAUCAGCACAAAAGUGAAAAAUGCCACACAGGGACAAUACACAACAGCCACGUACCCUCUGAUGGGGAUAAGAAGUUAAAAGAUAGUCAAGAAGAUUUAAAAACAGCUAUGACUUCUGAGGAGCUGAAAUCCACAGUGAAGGAGAAGACCAAGCCCAGGUCUGGUCUUGUUGUCAGAGGAAUGAUGGCUGGACCAGUAACAAGUUCACCAGAGGAUCUUCAAAAAAGGAGGCUUUCAAAACGAUCCACUAGCACAUGCAGCACUGCACAGUUCAAGGGUGAAGAACAUGAAGAAAAUGACCUGAGUGUCCCUAGUACUGAUAUUCAAGAAAGCAAAGGAUCUUCAACACAAGUAGAUACGGAAUUUGCACCAAAGACUAUGCCCAGCUCACGCACAAGUUCAACCUCUGAAAAACUAAGAAACAUGCCCAAGGAUACAGGUGACUCUUUUGCCAAACUGCUGUCUGAAAGAGAGAGGACCAGGACAGAAGAAAGAAAAUCAGUUCCAAGCUUUGGUACAGACAGCAAUGAAAAAAGCCUUAAAGUCAGCACCUCCCACAGGCACUCAGGGGCUGGAAGAGAGAAGAGAGAAAGAUCUCUCAAGAAAAAUGAGAGCCGGUUGUCAGGUCACAGGAAGUCUCCAACAUCCACUUGCUGUAAAGAAGACCAGAUGAAAGACGCCCUAGAAUUACUUGAUAUUGAGGAUGAAGAAACAACUGGAGAAGUUAGAAGGAACCCAGAUCUUUCAACAUUGUGUAUGCUUCAAGUUGAAUCAAAAGCAAUUGAUUUUUCCCUUGCAAAAGAAUUAAAAAACCUUUUGUUUGGCUCUAGUCUAUGUUGCUUCAGUGAAGAAUGGAAAAUACAGAGUUUUACAUUUAAUAGCAUACCACAGUUAAAAUAUGGCAUUGUGCAAAAAAAGGGUGGUCCAUGUGGAGUUCUGGCUGCAGUUCAAGCUUGUGUUCUACAGAAGCUUAUCUUUGCAGACAGUAACAGGAAUAAAGACACUCGUUGCCUUCAGCCUUCAGAAGCUCACAGGACCAAAUGCCUCACCAUGGCUAUUGCAGACAUAUUGUGGCGUGCAGGGGGCAAUGAAAAAGCAAUUGUGGCACUGCUGUCAGGAAGGCAACGGUUCACUCCCUUGGGAAAAUACAAGGCAGAUGGAAUCUUAGAAACUCUAAUACUACACAGUGUCACAAGAUACGAAGAUCUGAUUGCGUUUCUUCAGCAGAAUAUUCACCAGUUUGAAAUUGGACCCUGUGGGUGCAUCCUUCUGACUGUGUCUGUCAUCUUAUCAAGAUCUAUCAAUCUGGUGCGCAAUGAUUUUGAUGUACUUACAAACCGAUUGAUUGGCAGCCACGGCUAUUGUACUCAGGAACUGGUGAACUUGUUUUUGACUGGCAAAGCUGUGUCCAAUGUUUUCAACAAUGUGAUUGAGCUGGACUCUGGAAAUGGCAAUAUCACGAUUUUGAAAGGUAUCACAAGUCGCAGUGACAUUGGUUUACUAUCCCUCUUCGAGCACUAUGAUGUUUGUCAGGUUGGCUGUUACUUGAAAACCCCUAAAUAUCCCAUUUGGUUGGUAUGCAGUGAAAGCCACUUCAGUGUGCUGUUUUGUUUGGAGAAGGAUUUACUAGGUGACUGGAAAACAGAGCGGAGAUUUGAUCUGUAUUAUUAUGAUGGCUUGGCCAACCAGGAAGAAGAAAUACGGUUAACGGUUGACACGGCUCAGAUGUGCACUGAAGAUAAAGAAAAUGAUCUCACUCCUCCACUUGAGCACUGUAUUAGGACCAAGUGGCAAGGAGCUGCUAUUGACUGGAAUGGCACAGAACCAAUCUUGUGACUGACCUGACCUGCACUGACUGAAUUAGCACAUUCCUAUUCCCACCAAUACAGGAAACAGGGCAAGAGUUCUGCAGUUUAUGAUGAGGAAGAACGACAUGUUUUGCAGGGUGGAAGAGUUUCACCUCAAUCACCUCGUGCUUCAGAUAUUUGCUUAUAAUAUAAACAACACUUACGUAAAUUCCUUGUCACUGCCUUUAACAUACAGCUUCUGAGAGCAGACUGAGUUCCCACCACCAAACCAAGGUUACAGAUGAAUCAGCGAAGUUGUCAACGUCCCCUUGAGGUCUCUUUCUGGAUCCACUCUGUAUCCUGCAAUUGUUUCAAAAAAUCUGAUAAAAGACGCUGAACCCAGAUUUCUGUCCCUGUUCAUGCCUUCUCCAUGCUGCCUAAUUCUUCACCUACAAAACUCAAGUGCCAGUAUAAGAUAUCAUCCAAUAAAUCUAUGUUCACUACUUUACUUGAUAUUAGUAAGUCUCAUUUUGCACUGAACAGAUUGGUAACCAUAUGGCCUUUCGGAUAAAGUCUGACCUAUACAAGUUUUUUGUUAUGUCAUAAUAUUUGCAGUAAGGAUUGUGGUUUUGUGUUACCAGAAUAAUAACACUAGUACAUUCCUUAUACUGAGUGCAAUUGGUGUGUGACAGUGCCUCAUACUAAUGUAGCUCAUUUUUCUUUCUGGAUGGGAGACAGCUGUAUCAGUGUCUUUACAUUUAUACUAUGGCAACUACUUAUGUACUAGGGUUUAUUUACACCAAAGUAAUAGAUAGGAUCUGUGGUUUGCUUCUUCAUAAUUACCACAAAACAGAAGAGUUGUUAGGUUUGAAAUUUAAAUGGUGCCUAUCUGUGACAGAUAUCAUUUUUCAUUAUUAAAUAAAGUGCAUGUACUGAAAUGAUGCACUGUGAAGAUGUAUCACAAGGUACUGAAACAGCAGUUUGUGUUCUGAAAUGAAUUCUUUAAGUGACAUAUUUUGGCAACACUUUACCCUAAUUGGAACAAGUUACUGAACUGAAGAUUGGAAAAAAUGGCUUGGAAAAAAAGGCGGAUAAAUGGUGUUUCUAGAAUUAUUUCUCUCUCUUGAGAGUGAGUAUUUCAUGAGAAUUUAAUAAAGAACUUCUACUUUCUGAUAUUUUUCAUAGCACAUUCUUCCUAGUCAGUACGCAAACUCCUCCGAGUCCUGAUAAACUAGUUGCUCUUUCCAAAAUCAAUUUCCAACAAGAAUGCAACGUCCUAAUAUGUGUGUAGUGUGGACAUACCAAGCUCGCUAUGCAAAUGCAAAUCUCGGGGAUUUAGCGCUUGAGCUACAUUUGGAAACCAACCUGAAUAUAAGCCAUAACGGAGUACCAGAAAGGUUUAGAUAGUCUUCGAAUGAACAUCUGUCUCCCACUUUGCUUUCCAUUCACGUCGAACUGUCUGUAUGCAGUGAAGCAUCUCAGAGUUGCAGCUAUUUUAAUUUUACUUAAUUCAGUGUAAUGUAAUUUGGUUCAGAUCAGAUAGGCAAAGUUCUUUAAAUUUUGUGAGAUUAAGAUCUCCCAUUCAGCCUCUGAGGUAGAAACCACAUCAGAUUUGAGGUCAUUCCUGACUCUACUGCAGGGAUCUUACAUGGCCUUUGGCAAACCCUUUAAUCCCUGUGUAUAUAGGGAUAUGUUUGCACUGUCAGUUAUAGGUGGACUCAACACUGCCUUUAAGAUACUCUCAUCUUCAAUUCUUCAAGCACUGCAGAUUCCCCUGGGAGAGCUUUGCUCAGUGUGAGCUUCAGUGUUUCUGGGAGUGGGCGAUUCCACUCAAAGAUCCCAGAUCCAAAACCUUUGUUCCUCUUGAAGUUUCUAUAACCUACAGUCUACACUUUAUUUCAUGAAGCAAAUGUAGUUUGAUUUCCCCACUACCUCACAGGGCAUCUAUAACAUAAAAUAAGACUUUUUGCAGAAUGCAUUUGAACAGAAAAUAGUGUAGAGAUGAAAAACGGGGAAAGAUUUUUGGAACCAGGUUUAAGAAAAAAUUCCUUUCUAAAUUUUCCAGUCAGGCAAAUGUGCACCAUUUACUUUAAAGCAUUGGUUUUACUUUAAAUCACUGCUUUAAAGUAUGUCAGUUUGGAGAUAACCUUCCACUCCCUGAUAGAAGGGCAGCAAAGAUAAGCAUUCAUGUGGGGAAGAAGGGAGCUGCUUUGUGACAGGCGAGAUUUCAUCUGGCUAAAAUAUGGAUAACUACAGUGCAGACGUUGUUCAAAGGAGCUGUUCUCCUCUGUUCAGAGAGGAGAUAUCAGGGUGUGAUGUAUCUUUGCUUUAGGAUGAGAAGAACUACGCUCCAGACUGUGGGAUGGUAAGUAUAAAGGGAGCCCAAGAGUAUCACCUCAAAUGGGUUUCACCCAUGAAGAUGGGUGAAGGAUUUUUCAGGGUAUAAGAAAGAGUAUAGAUUAGUGCACAUGGCUUGGAAAUAGAUUGUGGUUUAUGGUUUAUUUUAGAGAAUAAAUGACAUCGAGGAUUGGCCCUGAACUCUGACCUUCUUUUUAAACAGGCUCCAAAGAACUUUGAGGCUUCUUCCUCACUGGUGAUGUAGAGUAUUUUUGUUGAAACUUAGUUUCAGUGACAAUAGUAUCUCAGAGAUACAGAUCUUUCUUACCCAUUAUCUGUAAUUAUGUUUACGAGCAUUUGCUCUGCAAAGCCCACCUGUUGCCUAUUUAAGAUUAAACAACUCCAGAUUCACCUGUGUUCUCACCCACAAAUGAAAUAAAGCACUUGGAUCACUUCAACAAGCAAACACCUGUGUAGGGUAAUUCCACCAAGCCUGGUGGAGCCUGAAACCAGCAUGUUGAACAGCAAUGCCCUUACUCAGCAAGAGAGGCGGCUGCUGAGAUUUGCUAGCACAUUCUUCCGUAAGAAGGAAAUGUGCAACCAAAACGUUCAUUAAGAUCUCAUUCUUCUGCAGAAAAAUGACAGAGCAUUACCUUGGUCACUGUCUCCAUCAAGAAGACUUGCAUAUUUUCAUUUGACAUAAAGCACCAGAAUUUAUUUUGCUUGAGACUUUAAAGGGAUUUUUAAGUCAAUCAGAUAAGGCAAUGCAAAAUGUUAUACAGCAAUGCAAAAACAUUUGCACAGAUCAGUGUAGAAUCGUAUCCUGUUCCAGCAGCAUGCAUGUAUUUUUUUAAUUAUGUUUUCCUCUUCAUUGUUUCUCAUUUUCACUGCCCAAUGAAUGUGACUUCCUGAGAUAAACAAAGCAGCAACUGUUUGAUUACCGAGCGUGAAAAGACACCAGUGACAUUGGCACUUGGUCUGCAUGAUGUCUUAAUUUAAUUCUCUUUUCCUCUGUGGCAUAAAUAAAUGUACUCUCUGCUGAAAAUUGAUCCCAUAGCUAACAACAGACAUGGCAUAUUGUGUUAGUAGAUUAAUAUCUAAGCAGAGGCACUGUUUUGGUAAGGUGUCAUAUGUCACCUUUGUACAAAAUGUAUGUAUAUUUAACUUUGUCUUGUACAGAAUGUCCCUUAAAAAUAAAACAUUUAAAGCAA